GACACGAACUCAUUUGGUUUCCGUCUUGGAUAAUGCCUACCUUCAAGAUGCAUCUCGCGGUGAAUCGAUUAGAAUCUCGGUUUCGACAUCAUGGCCAUAGUCCGCGCGCAACCGGACCACCAUCCGGUCAAGGUUGCAGCCCCAAGCUCGGCGUCUUCGUCCGCAGACAGCGACACCGAAGCAGGGCGCACAGCAGCAGCACUUCCGCCGUCCGAUCAAGCCCCCAUUCCCCUGCAGACCUCUGUACAGAUAGAUGACAAGCCGGCAAUCCCACUCCCCGGCUGGAAGCGAUGGUUCGCUCUCUUCUCCAUCUGCGUGGCCGUGUUCCCCUCCAACUUCAACAACACAUGUAUCAUGUCUGCAGUCCCCGAGGUGUCCGCCGAUCUGCAGACAGCCGAGCACGUGGUGGUUGCUGCAAACGCCGGCAUGUUUGGCGCCAUGGCCCUCUGUGUCUUUGUAUGGAUGCCCCUCGGCGUCCUCCUGGGCCGACGGACAGCCGUUCUUGUGGCAAACGCCGUCGUCUGCGCCUGCUCGCUCAUCUCGGCACUCGCGCCCAACGUGGUGGUUUUCACGGCUUUUUGGCUCAUCUCCGGCCUGACGACCCCCUUCUUGCUAGUCGCGGGCCAGACCAUCUUGUCUGACAUCUUUGAGCCGACAACUCGAGGGUUUGCCACAGGUCUAAUUCUGGGCAUGUCAACAAUCGCAAAGGCAAUAGGUCCUUUGAGCGGAGCUCUUAUCGUGACAGUCACCAGUUGGCGGGUCAUUUUUGGUGCCUCGGCCCUCGUAUCCUUCACAGCGCUUGUGCUAUGUUUCUUCUUUGUCCCUUCUGCGACUGGCCAUGGACCACAAAAGCAUCCAUCAGAAAUCCAAGCCCAGCCAACAGCUCGACGUGGGCCGCUCGAGAUUCUAUUGAUGUUCAAUCCAGUUGCUGUGUUUCGGCCUAUGAAGGACCCAAGAGUUGUGCUAACGCACCUCUCUUGUGGUCUCGCAAGCUUUAAUCUAUACAGUCUGCUCUCGUCGAUCCGCAGCUCCGUCGCCCCGCGCUUCAACCUCACCACACCGGUGAGCAGUGGCCUGUUCUAUCUUGCCCCGGGCAUCGGGUUCUUGGUCGGCAAUUUAGUGGGAGGCCGCCUGUCGGAUUACACAGUGAGAAAAUGGAUCGUCAAGCGUGGCGGCAUGCGGCUGCCCAGCGACAGGCUGCGCUCCUGCCUACCCGCCACUCUGCUGCUCGCUCCCGCGGGGACCCUGGCCUUUGGAUGGAGCGUCCAAGAGAGAGCCGGCGGCAUGGCACUUCCGAUCGUCGCGACCUUUUUCCAGGGCAUUGGGUUGAUGGAUGCGUUCAAUGGACUGAACACUUAUGCUGCAGAGGUCGUUCCCGAGUCUAGAAACGCCAUAAUUAGCUCCAAAUAUCUCCUACAGUAUACGUUUGCGGCUGCUGGUGUCGGGAUAUCGCCUCUGCUGCUGCAAAAUGUCGGUGUUGGUUUCACGUUUACACUGACUGCGGCAGCAGCCAUGAUCGGAGGCAUCUUGAUUGCUCUCCUUGUUGUCAGUGGAAGUGGGAAUGGGGUAGCGCUGCCACGUUUCAAGACGAAUUGUGGCAGCAAAGAGAACGGUUCCCAGUCCUAGAUAUAGACUUGAGAGUUUUUUUUUGUAGAAGACUAAAGACAUAGAGCACAUACAGAAAUUGGAAAUUACCUUGAUGCAUCGUAC